AUGCGUAAGGCAGUUCCCUGCCAGGAAUGCCGUCACCGACAUGUCAAGUGUGACGGCACAAAGCCGGUAUGUCGGCGUUGUGAGCGUUCGGGCUCGUCGUGCGUCUGGCAGUCUAUGCCGUCCGGCUUUCGUCAUGGCUCUAGUGCCCGAUAUGAUGCCGACUUUGCCGAUGAUCAGGUCUGGGUGCCUAUUGCUCAAGUCGAUGACAAGUAUGUCGAUGAAACAGCCGAAAUUGCACGGGGUUAUCUCGACUUAGGUGAGGUGUCGCCGUGCACAGUAAAACGACGCCGAAGUCAGUCUUCUGCAACUGAGCAGCCAGUUGCGACGGAGACUCUUGUCACAGAGCCGCCUAUUCUAAGUGAUGCAGUGGAGUCGCAUUCAUCCGAGCACUUCAUUCCUCAACAGCAGAAUGAUAUUCUUACGACUUAUUCGUCAUACAACCUGCACCAUUCGCCCCCAAAUAAUUCUUCUAUCUCAUCCACAUCCCCUCACUUGUCUCACAGCAGCCAUCACAGUCAUGCAUCAAUCGGCUCAAUGGAUAUGAUUCCCGCAGAGAUACCGCAGCUCUAUUUCGACGAGCAUGAGGCAUGCCUGAUGCGGUAUUUCGUGGUUCAACUCGGGCAUUGGUUUGACAUAUGCGAUGGACAAAGACAUUUUGCAUGUACUGUUCCAAUGCGAGCACGCACUUGUCCACCGUUGCUCAACGCAAUCUGUACAGUCUCAGCAAGACACCUGAGCCGAAUCAAGAAGUACUAUGUCGGCAAUCAAGUUGUAUACGGAGGCAAACCUCUUCCCAACCUGACUCCGGCCACAGCCAUUGAGUAUCACAACCGAUGCAUUUCACAUUUCGUCUCUCUAUCCGACCACUCACGGGAAGCUCAAGAUGAGAACCUCCUUGCAGCAGCAGUGAUCUUACGAUUCUACGAAGAAGUUGACAUUCCCUCAAUGGGCGAAGACUACGAAUCAGCUCUCCGCGGGAUCCAAAUCUUCCUCGACGCCCAAGCAAUCCCAGCGGUAUCAGGAACCGGCCUCCGCCACGCAGCCUACUGGAUCGCCCUCCGACAAGAAAUAAUAACAGCCUUCUCAAAACAACGCGCCUUCCGUCUCCCACUAGGGCCCUGCGAACCAUACCGCAGCUUCGAACCAGCAGACGACUACGUCUGGGCCGACAGACUAGUAAUCCACUGUGCAGACGUCCUCCAAUUCUGCUUCGGCUCCGAAGAAGAAGAACCCAACUCCCCAAACACAACCUCCCACUACCACCGCCGCCUCUCAACAACAGAAACAGAAACCCGCCUCGCUCAGUACGACACCCUAGUCGCAUUCUCAACCUUCUGGAACACCCUCGGCCCAGAAUCCUUCAAACCCAUCUACACACGCGCCCCAGACCCAGCAAACGGCAAAAUCUUCCCCGAACUCUGGUACCUAAACAACUGCCACGUAGCCGGGCUGCAACACCUAGAACUAGCACGCAUCCUGCUAGCAGUGUACAAUCCACGGCUACCACGGCUCGGACCAGGCCAGCGAACAGCAAUGAGGUCGGUUGACGAGGAGAUUCGCGCGAUUGUUCUUCGGCUUUGUGGGAUUGCGUUGUCGAAUUUGCAUAGUCCGCCUGGGCUUGUUACUGCUAGUGUUGCUAUUGGCAUGUGUGGGGAUCGGUUUUCGGCGAGGGAGGAGCAGGUGGCGUUGCUUGGUGUUCUUGUUAUGCUUGAGGAUCAGUAUGGGUAUCCUACUACUAGUAUGCGGGAGCAAUUGAGGUUGGCUUGGGGGUGGAAGGGGGACGGAGAUUCGGGGAUGGUUGUUGAUCUAUGA